UUGACAUUUUAGUUUCCUGAAUCCUGAACAAAUCGACGAAAAGUUACCUUUAUAUUUAAGUGUCGUUCCUUACUAAUAAAUUUUAUUAUGUAUACAAUAAAUCUUAAACUCUACAAAUAAUAUAAAACUAAUGAGACCAUUUACGUGGUAACAUAAAGACACUAAUUUGUAAUGUAUGUUUAAGUGCUUGAAUUUAUAACAUCAACAUGAGUUACAAUUCGAGUGGGGGCAAGGGGUUCGGAUUUUCCGGAUUCACGAUGCCAAAACGGAACCCUUCGAACGUUUCACUACACGCUGUUCCUCCGCCUCCUUCCCAAAUGAAUGCUGUCCCUCCUCCGAAUCCCGGGUUAUCGAAGCAGGGUUAUUCAACUAUGAACGCGAUAACACAGAACGCCAUCGGUGGUACUUGGGGUACACUUGGGAAAAAGCGAGCUAAGACUGAAGAUGAGUAUUUUGAUGAAGAUGAUGAGCCUCCGACUCCAGCUCUUGCUUAUAUACCAGCACCAGGGAGCCCUACUAAUGAAGCCAACAGCUCUAGGGCAAAUGAAGAAGAGGAAGAUCCCCUGGACGCGUACAUGGCCGGUCUGGAGAAACAGGCGGCAAAAGAUAUGAAGGUUAGCAAAGAGAAUGCGGUUAGUGGAAAAGGUGAUGCCGGGAGAGGGACCAGAGGAGAUAUUGAUGAGAUGGACGACGAAGAAAGUUACUAUAAAUACAUGGAAGAUAAUCCACUCCAGACAGCCGAUGAUGGCUCCGACGUUGAAAUAGAGUAUGACGAGGAUGGAAAUCCUAUCGCUCCUCCUAAGAAAAAGUUUAUAGAUCCGCUGCCACCGAUAGACCAUUCGGAGAUUCAGUAUGAACCGUUCGAAAAGAACUUCUAUACACCACACGAAGAUAUAGAGAAACUAGAGCAGCAUCAGGUGGAAGAGCUGAAGAAAAACUUGGGGGUCAAGAUUUCCGGACCUGAUCCUCCGAAACCUGUGAGUAGUUUCGGUCAUUUGGGCUUCGAUGAACAGCUGAUGAAGGCUAUUCGAAAGUCAGAGUACACUCAGCCGACGCCGGUGCAGGCGGCUGGCAUACCAGCGGCGCUCUCCGGAAGGGAUCUCAUAGGUAUUGCCCGCACUGGUUCUGGUAAAACGGCAGCAUUCCUCUGGCCACUGCUCGUCCACAUCAUGGAUCAGAAAGAGUUGGCUCCGGGGGAUGGGCCCAUCGGACUCAUACUGGCCCCCACUAGGGAGUUGGCUCAACAAAUAUACAUGGAGGCGAAGAAAUUUGGCAAAGUAUACAACAUCAGAUGUGUUUGUUGUUAUGGAGGGGGGUCCAAGUGGGAGCAGAGUAAGGCUUUGGAAGGGGGCGCGGAGAUAGUCGUUGGCACUCCGGGGCGGGUCAUCGACCUGGUGAAGUGCAAGGCGACCAAUCUUCAGCGCGUCACGUACCUGGUGCUGGACGAGGCCGACCGGAUGUUCGACAUGGGGUUUGAGCCUCAGGUCCGUUCCAUCUGCAGCCACGUCCGUCCUGAGCGCCAGGCCCUGCUGUUCUCCGCGACCUUUCCUCGUCGUGUGGAGCGCCUCGCCCGUGACGCUCUCCACGACCCCGUGCGAGUCCAACACGGAGCGGCCGGAGAAGCCUCCAAGCUGGUGAAGCAACGAGUCACUAUCUUCAAUAAACCGGAAGAGAAGUGGCCCUGGCUGUUGGAGAAUUUAGUCGACUUCCUGUCGUCGGGGAGCGUGUUGAUAUUUGUUACGAAGAAGUUGGAAGCGGAACAGACAGCAGCAAACCUCGGCGUGCAGCAGUAUGACGCGCUGCUGCUGCACGGAGACCUGGAGCAGGCGGACAGGAACAAGGUCAUCACGGCCUUCAAGAGACAGGAGAGCAACAUACUCGUCGCCACCGACGUAGCUGCUCGCGGUUUGGACAUCCCUCACAUCCGCACGGUGGUGAACUACACCGUGGCGCGCGACAUCGACACACACACACACAGAGUGGGCCGCACGGGGAGGGCCGGCGUCCCGGGGACGGCGCACACGCUGCUGUCCCGGGACAGGGACAAGGACUUCGCGGGACACCUGCUCAGGAACCUUGAGGGAGUGCAGCAGGAGGUGCCGGAGGAGUUGAUGCAGCUAGCGAUGCAGUCAACGUGGUUCCGGAAAUCACGGUUCAAGAAGGGGAAGGGCAAGAAUCUGAACAUAGGCGGCUGCGGACUCGGUUACAAAGAGCGUCCCGGGCUGCCCGCCUACAACGACGAGGUGUCUCUCACAGCCAGCGUGGAGAAGACGGUAGAGAAGGCCGGGGGCCCCGCCACCGACCGCCUCGCCUCGCUCAAACAAGCCUUCCGCUCACAAUACAACCAGUUCACCGCGUCGUCGGACCACUCCUGGGAGCAGACGCGGCCCGUCCUCCAGCCGGGGGUGAACGCGCCGGCCAACGCGAACACGGACAAAACCGAGAGACUGCGCAAGAGCGGCAAGAAGAGCCGCUGGGAAUAGUGUACAUACAAUAUAUUACAGUUGAUAUGAUGCC